AUGGUUGACACCUUCAUUACCACUAUUUGUGCGUUUAUUUCCAAUCUCCUGCAUGCUGUGUGGAGAACGUUAGUGUCCAAGCCAGCUGGUUUGGCAUUGCCAUAUGAGGAGCGAGGCCCGUCUUUUAGGGAGUUCAUGGAGGAGUUGAACCCCAGACAAUUGGCUGUCAAACAGCUGAAGCAGCAGUUCCUAGAGGCCUUGCAGGCAAACAAUGCCCAGCAGGUCCUGCAGAUUCUGCACAGCGGGAAACUGGAUAUUGACACUGUGCUGGAGGUGGAGGACCCCAGCAUGGUCCUAGCAUCAUACAAACAAGGUUAUUGGCUCCCAGGCUACAAACUGGAAAAGUCCUGGGCGAUGGGUAUUCAUGUAUGUGUGAUGUACAAUGCUCUGGAAACCGCGCUGGUGCUCCUUCAGGAAGGUGCAGCCAUCAACCGCAUGCCCAACGGGAAGACGCCGCUGCAUGUGGCCUGCGAGGUCUCCAACAGCGACUGUGUUGCCUUGCUUUUGGCUCACGGGGCAAAGGUCAACAGCCUAUCGCUGAGCGGUCACACACCACUGCACUACUGCAUCACCAGGGAGUCUGUGGACUGUGCCAAGCAACUCAUCCUCAAAGGAGCAAACGUCAAUCUGCCCAGCCACAACAACAGUGAGGACACACUUUUACACACAGCAGCCAGAUUCGGUGUCCCAGAGCUGGUGGCUCUCUACUUGGCCCAUGGAGCGUCUGUGAAUGCAGUCAACUCUCUCCAGGAGACUCCCCUGAUGACUGCGGCCUUCUGGGGGUUUGACACCAAAGAGCAAAUCUACAGCCAAGAUCACCAUAUUGUCUGUCGCCUUCUCCUGGACCACAAGGCAGAUCCGAACCUCCAAGAAGAGGACCAUAAAACUGCUCUUCACAAGGCAGCCUGGAGCUGUGAUCAUGUCCUGAUGCAGAUGCUGCUGGAGGCCGGGGCUGAUACACAAGCCAUGGACAUCAAUGGCUGUACCCCCAUCCAUUAUCUCCUCAAAGUGACUGAUGUCAGGCCUAUGGCCAUCCCUGAGCUCUGCUAUCAGCUGCUGCUCAACUAUAAUGCAGCACGGAUCUACCCACCCCAGUUUCACAAGGUGUUGCAGUCCUGCCAUGACUACCCCAGAGCAAUAGAAAUCAUGGUCAACUCUUAUGAACGUUUAAAGCCCACAAAUAAGUGGAGGGCUGCCAUUCCUGAUGACUGCUACAAGCGACAUAAAGUCUUCUACGACUCUUUGUUUGCUGUUUGCACCAACACUCCUCGCAGCCUGCUCCACCUGACCAGAUGUGCCAUCAGAGCCAACCUGCGUGGGUUCUGCCACAGAGGCGUAGCACAGCUGCCUCUGCCAUCUCCACUGAAGAAAUAUCUAUUACUGGAACCUGAGGGGAUACUGUACUGAUGAAGAGGCAUGUGACGAUACUCUAAUAUGUAGCCUGACGAUUUAAUAGAUAAUAAUAGAAACAUUCACUACCUGUCUGCAGACCGAUGCUAUUUGGAGCUUUCACAAACAGGUGUGAUUUUUAA